GCUGUGAGUUAUAUGCAUUCUGCGGUGCUCUGUUUGGCAUCUGCUCAAUGAUCACACUCAUGAUUAUUGCAGUGGAUCGAUACAUUGUCAUCACUCGCCCUCUGGCUUCCAUUGGCGUUAUGUCACGCAAACGCGCCCUGGUCAUACUCGCCGCUGCGUGGCUUUACUCAAUGUGCUGGAGUCUGCCUCCUUUCUUCGGAUGGAGUGCAUAUGUUCCUGAAGGUCUGCUGACUUCAUGUUCGUGGGAUUACAUGACCUUCAGUCCAUCUGUACGCGCUUACACCAUGUUGCUCUUUAUCUUUGUGUUCUUCAUUCCCCUCUUUGUCAUCAUGUACUGCUACAUCUUCAUCUUCCGGGCCAUCCGUGAUACCAACAGAGCUGUGGGAAAAAUCAAUGGAGAAGGAGGAUCCAAAGACUCGAUCAAGAAAUUCCACCGGAUGAAGAAUGAAUGGAAGAUGGCAAAGAUAGCACUCAUAGUCAUCUUGUUGUAUGUCAUCUCCUGGUCUCCUUACUCAUGCGUGGCACUCACAGCUUUUGCAGGCUACGCUGACAUGCUCACGCCGUACAUGAACUCUGUACCUGCCGUGAUCGCCAAGGCAUCCGCCAUCCACAACCCCAUAAUCUACGCCAUCACUCACCCAAAAUACAGAUCUGCGAUCGCAAAGUACAUACCAUGUCUGGGAGUCCUGCUUUGCGUGCCUCAUAGAGACCGAUUCAGCAGCAGUAGCUUUAUGUCAACACGGCGUUCCACAGUGACCAGCCAUUGCUCUGAGACCAGAAAAAACCUGCAGCGUGCUGGGAAACCACGGCUGUCAUCAGUGUCCGACAGCGAGUCGGGCUGGAUGGAUACAGAGGUGGAUCUCUCCAGCGGAAGUUCCCUUCCUGCUAGUUGUCAGGCGUCGUGUGAGAUUCGAAAGGACUUUUUGGACAUGAAGCACAGCAGCUCUCUAAGGCUGAAGGUCAAGAGCAGAGACUCUGGUAUCUACAACAGAACAUCAGCCCAGAGCCUCAUUGAGCCGGGACUAAACCGUACGUGUGCUUACAUCAGCACGGUGAACGACAGAGAUGAGAUGUCAGAGUCUGAUGCCAGCCUGUCCAGUUGUCUGUUGUCUUCUCCCAAUGUGGACUCAGAGAAAGCAGAGAAGAACAGACUGUCAUCCCUGAUCCCUUCGAUCAUCGUAACGUCAGAAUCCAGUCCCGCUCUUCUCUCAGCGGGGCGCAUCGGCUGCACCUCCAUACAGCACACAGAUGGUUCAGUGAAGGCAGCAUCUGUCACUGUGGAACCUCCAGGGAUUGACUGAACACAGCUAUACAUUACUGCUGAUUUAACUACUGUAUACUUCAGGACACUAUCUGACUUUACAAUCCUUCCACCUUUUUCCUGUUCUUUUUACACAGGGCUGCAACUAUGCCACCUGAAAUUUAGCCGUAUAGUGUUAUUGUUGUAGGUUUGGCUGGGCUUAGGUGGAAACUCAGGCCACUGGAUAAACAGGGUCUGUGGUAAAGAAAGCAGGGUGGGGACCUAACCUUUAAGUGGUGUGGAGGUGAUCCUCUCAGGGAUGAAAUCACCCAAAGUCUCCUAGAAAAAUUAAUCUGAGUGAUAUUUCUGCAGAGACUUAUUUGUGCAAUUCGUCACUGGUCUUAAAGUGAUAGUUCAUCCAAAAAUAAAAAUUCUGUCAUCAUUUACUCACUGUCAUGUCAUUUCAAACCUAUUUGACUUUCUUUCUUGAGCAGAACACAAAAGAAGAUAUGUUGAAGAAUGUUGUUAACUGGCACCCAUUCACUUGCAUUGGUUUUGUGUCCAUAAAAUAGAAGUGAAUAGGAAUCGGCACUUUUCGGUUACCAACUUUCUUCAAAAUAUCUUCUUUUGUGUUCUAUGGAAGAAAAAAAGUCAUACAGGUUUACGGAAGAAAGAAAGCCAUACAGGUUUAAAAAGACAAGCGGGUGAGAAAAUGCUGACAGAACUUAUAUUUUUGAGAGAACUAUCCCUUUAAAAUCUAAGAGGAUACAGCAAGACAUUUUCUUAUUUUUUGAAGGUGAGUUGUUUCAUUUUUGUGUUUUUAAACAGGUAUUUCAAACAUCUGCCCUAUCUGGCUGUGGUUAGACACACAAAUCCACCCCAAAAUAAUGUUAUUGGCCGCGCCAGUGUUGCUGUGUCAGGCUGGGAUGCUCUUAUAUAUAGAGCAAUGUUAAAAGUGCCACAGAUUCACUCUGUUUGGGUCAUUAUAUGGAAAUGUCCGUUUUUCUGUCCCUAGCCUUUACAGAAAGAUUACACUUGAAAAACACUUUAGUUAUAUUUUUUAUAUUUUAAAAUUAAACUACAUGUUAUUUAAACAAUAACACCUUCUUGAGCCAUCAAAGUGGCAGUAUUUGUUUUUUAAUAAAUUAUUUUCAAGCACCACAGAAGUGCUCGGCACCUCAGACAUGUACAGAGGGAAAGUGCUUUAUUUUGAGGUCAAAAAUAAGUUUUUCUACCGUUUAAAAUAAAAGAAUGUAUACAUAUGCAACUGUCAAAUAAAAAUAAAAAAGCGGAAUAAGUAUUAUUAAAUAUAUAAUGAAAAUAGUGGUCUCCCGGAGUUGUGUUACUGGUUUCAUCACAAAAAUCUCUUAGUUUGAAAUAAAAAGCACACUGUUGACAUCACUUAACUUCCUUCUUCCUAUUUCCUGAAGAUGUAUAUGAAGAAAGGCCCAUGGUAAGACCACUGUUUCUUUUCAGUUGUCAGAAAUGUUCUCAUUUUUUCUCACGAUUUCAUAGCUUUUAGUUUAACUCACUGUUAUGACCUACUUUGUUGUUAGGGAAUUGUAAAAAAAAAUAGAAUACAAAUGGAUUAAACUACUUAAUUUAGUGAGUAUACCAUGAAUGAAAAUUGUCACUGGUGUUACUGCAACUGGUGUGACCUUCCUUAUGUGCAAGAUAAGUAACACUAGUGACUCCCAUUUAUAGAAAAACUUUAUUCAAAGGUAUUCAUUUAGUUCUUUAAAUGAAUGCACAAAAAAAGAUAAAAAAUCAUCAAGCUGUCAUUUAUGUGUAUUCAUAAAGUCAAAAGGUAAUGUAGUUUAAAUGUUAGAAAAAUAAAUAAUUUUUAAGAUAAAUUGCCAUAUCAAAAGUGUGCGUUUCUGUAGAAUGACCCGUUUACACUUUUCAGGGGAAUCAAGCUACAAAUUACUUCUUUAUAAUUGU